CGCAGGACCUCCAAAGCUUCUAAAAACCCCCAGCUCAAUAAUGGAGGAUUUUUUUCCCAAAGAAUUAUCGAAUCUCCAAGUGUCAUCGACUGUGAAAAUCGAUCAGCUGUGUCCAACACGUCAGGUCGAAUACAUUCGGUUAUUCUGACGCCAAAAUAGCCUCCAAAAUCCCCCAGAAUGAUAUUCCAGAGGUUAACAACAGGUCUCAGACGAUUGUCUAGAGUCGCAAUGCAGAAGCCAGAGGUGUUAUUUGUGCUUGGUGGUCCGGGUUCUGGUAAAGGCACUACUUGUGGCAAAAUCGUUGAUAAAACUGGAUAUGUGCACUUGUCAGCUGGGGAUCUACUCCGGGAGGAACGAGCCAAACCCGGCUCGGAGUUUGGUGAACUCAUUGAGGAACACAUCAGGAAUGGCACCAUCGUACCAGUUGCCAUCACCUGCAGCCUCAUUGAUCGAGCUAUGCAGACUGCCCCGAGUGCAGAGAAAAGAUUUCUCAUUGAUGGAUUCCCCAGGAAUCAGGAUAACCUCGAUGGCUGGACUAAAGAGAUGGCCGAUAAGGCUAUUGUAAAAGGAGCUAUUUAUCUGGAGUGCAGUGCUGAGGUGUGCACCCAGCGUUGCCUGAAUCGUGGCCUCAAGGGUAGUGGUAGAAGUGACGAUAACAUAGAGACACUUAUCAAGCGACACGAAACUUUUAUCAAGGACACAAUGCCAAUGGUCGAGCAUUUCGAGAGGCUCGGAUUGUUGUAUCGAUUUGACUCGGAGAAACCCCCAACCGAGGUAUUCGCCGACGUCUACGAGAAGCUCAAGGAAAUCGGUUGGGUUGACAAGGAAUGAGCCGACGACGGACGCCUUCACCGGGGUAUUAAUUAGAUAAUUGAAUCAAUCAUGUAGAUUUUCCUUACCUUUUAGCUAUUUUUGGGAAAUUUUUGAGCCUGUCCCCCACUUCAUAACUUAAUCAACAAUAUUUUUGAGCUACUUACAAACAUUCCUUGGGGGCAGGGAUUCGAUUCGGAGGCGAAUUUUUUUUAUUCAGUAUCGGAGAUUCCUCGCAGUGAAGAUGAAUGUACUGCGUAUCAUGUUUAAGAUCAAUUAAUAAGACAAUUGAUUGUUAUAAUGGGAGGGGAUGCAGUUCCAGUGUGAAAUAUAUAUCUAUAGCAGUGAAAAA